GCGUUUUCUUUUUCGAUGCGUCGUCGUUGGUUUGAUACUCACGAUCACGAUAGUCAGCGAAUUCUUUUACAUAAAUUUCUAUUCUGCGAUAUGAGAUCAUCGUCCAUUCGUCCGAAACUUGCCUAUGAAGCAUAUUUCGAAGAAAAGGCUCGUAAUUUUAUAAUGUCGUACUGCUUAGUCUUAGAAUAUUUGAUCGCUCUUCAUUCGUGAGUUAUAUUUGAAACAGUGAACUUCUUCUCGCAAUAGGUAUUCGAAGUUUUUAGUGUUCUUAUAAAAAAGUGAUACGAAGUGGAAAUCUUAAAGACGUACUUGUAUUAUUAGGUAGGUACCUUACCUAUCAUUUGAGAGAUGGAUUCUCAACGAGAUGCGAAAAAAUUUACGGACGCGUUCAUAAGUUAUCGUCGGUCUGACGGGUCUCUCUUGGCAAGUUUACUGAAAACUCACUUGAAAUACAACAAUUUUGAAGCCUUUCUUGACGUGAAAAAUUUAGGAGUAGGCCGAUUCGAUGAAAGUCUCCUAAGAAAUAUUGAAGAAACCCGAAAUUUUGUGUUAGUAUUGACGCCAAAUGCUUUAGAUCGAUGCAUCGGUGACGAUGACUGCGAAGAUUGGGUGCACAAAGAGAUAAAAGCUGCGCUGAACUCAAAUUGCAAGAUUAUCCCCGUAUUUGACAGCCAAUUCAAAUGGCCCCAAGAGGAUGAUUUGCCAGCAGAUAUGAAAGGAAUUUGUCUGUACAACGGAUUAAGAUGGGAUCACGAGAAUCAAGAAGCUGUGAUAGAUAAACUGAUCAGAUUUAUAAAAGGAGAAGCACCUGAAUUGGAUGUAGCUGCUAAAUUGGAUGUAAAGAUCUUGACGAAUAUGUUGAAAAAAAAGUACAUGAAAAAACUAUCAAAGAAUCAUAAAACAUUAUAUGAAUUUUUAAAAAUGUAAAAGAUAAUUUUUUUUUUCAAAAAAUAUACUACACUUUGCUUGAGAUUUCAA